AUGGUGCUCGAUCUCAUCCGCACCAUAUCAAAUGAUGUAAAUUUUGUUACAAUACAUGAUAUGGAGCAGCAUGGCACAUUGUUGUCGAGUGCAGUGCCAAUAGUAUGCCCCUGCUUUUUUAGCUUUAAAGUACUGCGUGUGCUAGUUAUUGAGGACUGUGUUUUCCCCGAAGGUAGCUGUCUUGAGCAUCUCGGUAAGUUGGUGCAGCUGAGGUACCUGGGAGUAGUGAAGACAAUGGUCAAGAUCCCGGAAGGAAUAGGACAUGAGCUGAAGUUUCUUGAGAUACUGGAUGUAAGGGCAGGUUUGAUAAGUGAGUUGCCGCCAUCUGUUGGUGAGCUAAUGAAUUUGAGGUGCUUGUGGGCUGAUGAAGGUACAGUGAUGAAGGGCGAGAUAGGAAAGCUGACGUGCCUUGAAGAGCUGGAGCUAUAUUCGGUGGAGAAGUGCCCAAACUUCUCCACAGACGUGGGGAAGCUGACAAAGUUAAGGGUGCUCAAGAUCUUUUUCGGUGAUAUAGAGGAGUCUGCAGGCAAGGCUCUGAUGGAAUCCCUGUGCAACGUGCACAACAUCCAUAGUCUGACAGUCGUGAAUGAUGGUGAUGAUCUUGAGUAUUCGGUUGUCUUCAAUCAUAGUUUGGAAGACUUAGAACCCUGUACAAAGCUGUACGAGGUAAAUAUGAUUAGCAUAGCUAUACCGAGGGUGCCAUCAUGGAUCAAUCAUUUAAGUACUCCACUCCUUUAUCAGCUAUGGUUGCGUGUGGAUGCGGUAGAAGCUCGGGAUGUUCAAACCAUCGGCAGGUUGCCGUCUCUCCUCUUCCUUGUUCUCUGGAGUAAGGAUGAAAAGAACAUAUCAUAUACUUUUAGCAGCAAUGAGUUUCACAAGCUGAGAUGGUUGUUCACGAAGAAGAUAGAGAUCGCUGUUGGAGAAGGAGCAUUGCCGAUGCUUGAAGGGUUGGGAUACAGUGCAAGCGCUGAAAGAAAGGACGCUGCCAGCUUCGUGCCCUGGAGAAGAAAUAGCUGCCCUUUGCUGAAGAAAGUCACCUGUUGUCUUGACUGCACUAACAGCAGCUACAGGGAAGUAGAGCAAACAAAGGAAGCGCUGAGACAGGCUGCUACAACCCAUCCCAAUGCUGAGGAUCUCGAUGUCAACGUAGAAGAAGAAAACUACGAUGAGGCGGCAGGUAGACUCAUUGAUAAUCUCGAGUGGAUCCUACGUGAUUUGGAUGUGGGCCGUCCUGCUGCAUACCAGGAAGAAAGGACACGUCGCAUGAUUAGAUCACUGGAGAGAAGAUUACGUGAUGCUGCGGAGCCUCGAGUUGGGAGGUAUGGUGAACAAGAGAUACGUGACCUUGUUACCAAAUUCAAGAGUUGGAUACGUGACCUUGGGAGGUACGGUGAACAAGAGAUACGUGAUCAUGCAGGUACCGACCUGGUUGAGGCGGGCAAGAGUGCUGUCACAGAUAUAGAGGACAAUGACGAUGAAGAUUAUUAUUACGACGACGACGAUGCUAUCGACCAAGCAGAGGAUGGUGGCCAUCUUGAAGGCUUCUAUGGACUUACUGUCGCCACUUGGAAGACAUCAGCUUAUUUCGUCAAUCGAGUGGCUUCUGCAAAUGCCAUACGAAGCAUCUAUCUGCAGAAAAAGUGGAACCACAAUCCUGCAGCAGAAGCAGAUUACUCAACAUAUACAGUUCUUCUUCCCAGCAUAUACAGGUCUCAAACAGUGGCGGUGAUGACACUACGUGCAGCAGCUAGCAAUGGAAAUAACAUAAGUCCAUCUUCUUACUUGGCAAUGCUGGCCAACUUCCAUUCAUGUACUGAAUCUUUGAUCCACUUACCUUGCUCGCAGCAAACGACAGCGCCCGGGAGUCUAAACGCCUCGUUUUCAUUCAGCCUCAGCACCAACACCUACAGGCGGCUGGUGCCGGCGCAGAAUAGGCAGCACGACAAAGCUACUUGUUCGCGCAAGCCUUGA